UGUAUAUACGGAGUUCUAACCGAAACCUAUAUCUGCUAUAAACAAUUAAUGCAAUUCCAGAAAUAAAUCCACAAAAAAAAUUCCAAAAACAGUAAAAUACAAAUUUGUCGAUCUUUGUUCUUGUAAAAAUGGCAGCAAUUUCUGAAUCAACCAAAAACUACUCUCAAGAAACCCUUGUUUUAGCCAUAUGCAUUACAACAGUAGGAUUCCUUGUUUUCUUCACCCAAACCUUCAAAUUCUUGAAAUGGGUUUGGACCAUGUUCUUAAGACCCCCAAAAAACUUGACCCACUAUGGUUCAUGGGCUCUAAUCACUGGCUCAACCGACGGAAUCGGUAAAUCUCUCUCCUUUGACUUAGCCUCAAAAGGUCUUGACUUGAUCUUAAUUGGUAGAAACCCCCAAAAACUCCAAACCACAUCAAAUGAGAUUUGGGCAAAAUUUGGCAAAGAAAACACCAAGAUUAAGGUGAUUGUCAUUGAUUUUGAGAAGAUUAGUGGGGAAGAGAUUGAAAACAAGAUUAAGGAAGAAAUUGAAGGAUUAGAUGUUGGGAUUUUGGUUAAUAAUGUGGGAUUAUCUACUAAUGGUGCAAGGUUUUUUCAUGAGGUUGGAUUAGAAGGGUUUGGUAAUUUGGUAGAUGUUAAUAUUGGAAGUGUAAGUUGGGUUACUAGAGGUGUUCUUCCUGGUAUGUUGCAGAGGAGGAAAGGUGCCAUUGUUAAUAUUGGUUCUGGAUCUUCGAUUGUUGUUCCUUCUUACCCUCUUUAUUCCGUUUACGCUGCUACUAAAGCAUAUGUUGCCAUGUUCUCAAGAAGCUUGAGUUUGGAAUAUAAGCAGUUUGGAAUCGAUGUUCAAUGUCAGAUACCAUUGCUUGUGGCAACAAAGAUGGCAUCGAUAAAGAGAUCAUCUUUCUUUGUUCCUUCACCGGAUCAGUACAGCAAAGCGAGUGUAAGAUGGAUAGGUUACGAGUCCCUUUGUGUUCCUUACUGGACUCAUUCUUUGCAGUGGUGUCUGUUGAACGCGAUUCCUGACUCCUUAGUGAAUUGGGCUCUUCUUCGAUAUUUCCUCAGCUUGCGUAAGAAAGUUCUUCGAAAGGAGAACAAACUAGUCUAGCUUUCACGCCCAACCCCCAUUAGUAACCAAUAGAGGAUACUAAGGGUAUACUCGUAAUUGUACUACUGUACUAAUAGAGUUACCUUUGCACGGAGAUUUUAGGUUGCGAAUGCAGUAUGCACAUUGGCAGUGCUAUCAGCAUUCAGCAUUGCAUAUGUACGUGUUUUUAAUCCAUCUUGGAUCAGUUAUUAUUUAGUACAUUGUAUUUUCGGUACUUUUGUAUAUUUCAUGUAAUCGUAUCUUUAUUUGGAGAUAAUGAAAAUUGUUGAGUAUAUGAAUCUGAAA